AUGAAACAUCGUAAAAUUGAUCCACAGGAGCAAGAAACAGCUAGUUCAGGUUAUUCAACUCCAGAUGAGAAAAGUGUCUAAAAAUAAGCCAAAAUAAAACACUUGAGAAAGCAUGCGUUUGUCAAUCGGAUUUCAUUCCUUGAUGAUAUGGAUAAGGAUUCAGAAUUGAAUAAAAAUAGAUUGGUAGGGUUUUACAAUAUGCUAUAUGUUGUGGCCUUCUAUUACUUUAUCAUAAAUCCUAUCAUGACAUAUUGGAAGAGUGGCGAAUGGAUCGAGACUUCAUUGUACAAUUAAAUGCGUCGAGAUCUGUUCAUGUGUAUUGUAACAUGGCCUUUGUUCUAUGCUUGGAGUCACAUAGCCUUGUUGAUUCAAUAUUUAGCAAUGAUGAACAUCCCAAAGGUGCUGAUUUUCAUAAUACAACAUGUCAGUCAGAUUUUUAUGUUUGUAUAUGCUCAAUAUUUGGUUCUAACCAGAGAUUGGUACUUACCCCAAGGUGCCUUUGUAACAUUUUAAUCAUGUGUGUUCUUCUUCAAAAUGCAUUCAUACACUAUGACAAAUUACAAAAUGAGAAGAGAAUGGAUUGAUUAAGGUUGUCCCAAAAGCAAUGAUCCUUUCAGUUAUCCAAAUAACAUAAACUUUAAGAAUUUCACCAAGUUUAUCAUGACUCCUGUAUUGGUUUAUGAGCCUUAGUAUCCCUCCUCAGGUAAGAUAAGAUGGUGGUAUGUGAUUGUUAAAUUUAUAAACACGAUUUCGAUGUUAAUUAUGGGAUAUAUGAUUGUUUCCAAUCACAUUUAUCCAAUAAUUUUGAAUGUAAAUGCCUUAACUCUAGUUGAUUCAAUAUUCUAAAUGACUCUACCUUUGAUAUUUUUAUGUUUGACCUUAUUUAACAUGAUCUUCGAGAAUUAUUGCAACUUUUGGGCUGAACUUACGCAUUUUGGAGAUCGUCAAUUUUACACCGAUUGGUGGAAUUCAACAGAUUAUGAAGAGUUUAAUAGGAAUUGGAAUAGACCAGUUUAUGAAUUUCUGUAUCGUCAUGUGUAUUUGGAACUCAUUUUUGAAUUUGGUUUUGGAGUUAAGAAGGCCCAAUUGGCUACUUUUCUGUUCUCUGCAAUUUUGCAUGAGUACACACUGGCUGUAAGUUUGAAAUAGAUUACUCCAAUUAUGAUUAUGUUUAUGAUGAUCCAAAUACCAGUGAUGUUAUGUACUAAGAGGAUUAAGGGAACGAAAUUUGGUAAUCUAUUCUUUUGGUGGGGAAUCAUUCAAGGAUUACCAUUAAUUUUGAAUUUAUAUCUUAGAUUCAAUGAAUUGCCAAAAUUAUUGUUUGAAUGA